AACAAAAGCCUUUUCAGCGAUAUCGCACCGCUCCUGGCGCUUUUCGGAGAACGAUUCACGGUCUCGUUUAUGUCCGAGAGCCAGGGAUGGCUCGACCAUAUCGUGUUCGCCAUGGUGCCGUUGGGAAUCAUCACGGCGGUGGUGGGAGCGCUGCGGAUCGGCGGUCCUGCUUGGCUUCGCGCUAUCAUCGGACGUGCCCGCGAGAAUAGGGCUUCGGCAGAAGUCGAGUUGAUGUCUUCAACGUCUGCAGAGGUUUGCGAGCUCUGGAAUGGUAUGGCGAUUGUCAGAACGCUGGGAAAACCCGAGAUCAAGGAGAUUGUUUACCUGGAAAAACUCGAUGACGGGGAAUCGACCUUUGGGCUCUAUUCGACGCCCGUGGCGGAUAAGGAAGGAAUCCUGAAAUGUGAAGGUGAGUUAUUGAUCGAAUACCUUCGGCUAUUUUGGCAAUUUUGUUUACCGGUUCUUUUAGCUGUCGAUGACCCUCUCGUAAUGUGGUGUAAAGCUUUACUUAGUGACGUGGAAAACGGCGGCGUAUUUCCACCUAACAGCGGUGCAAUUCCGUCCGCGGGCGUCUCGAAGGAACCUACCGUUGACACACAGCCAAUCGCGAAGAGUAAUGUGGUCAAGAAUCGCCAGCAGCCGGGCGAGGAGUCAGCACCCAACAUAUCUCUGAACGUUCACGCUCACGGCGGUAGUAAGGUCCUUGACCUUGUUUUUGUUGCAGUUGUGGGUAUCGUGAUGCAAUUUGGUUUCUUGGUCUUUGUCGGAGCUGGCGUUUAUCAUCCAACCUGGAAAAACAACUUUCUGAAAGAGGGGCAGCCGGUAGCAUCAUACGCAUACCCACUCCUGGCAAUUGGGACGAUUUUCAUUGUGCUGGGCAUGAUGAUUUGCAGCGCUAUCGUUGAGCGGAGCACCGAGGAAAAGCGGUGGCUUGGGGCCCGAGUCCUCUGGUUGCAAAAAAAUCACACAGUCGGUGACCAGCUUUUCGAUUCGUUCGUGAUGUUUGCUCAGGGGAAGCGGGAAUCUGUUUUGAUGUCCCACAGACGUGGAAUGGAGGGGAGUGAAACAGAUGUGAACGCCCGCAGGUCUAGAUCAAAGAAAGGACGGAGGGCCUUAUGGAAGACGCUUGCCUCUAGUUUCGAGGAAGGCUUCACCUUGCUUGGAACGUUUCUAUCUCUUGCUGGUUUUGUGCUUCAGUUUACAGGUCUACGCGCGCUUAAUUGGACGGCAUCAAUUGCACAGCUCGUGGCAAUUGCUAUCAUGACGAGUUUGAGAGCCUGGUUGCGUCGAGGAAUGAUCACACCGCCGGUAACUGCCAGAGUUCGUAGUGCGGGACACGAAAUGGAUUGGCUUGCUUUGGAAAUCGCAUCUGAGCCAAAUUUCUGGAACAAAUACAGCGAUAGAGAUGAUGCGUACCUAGAAGAUGCAGACUCGAGUGAUCCUGGAGACGCACUAGAGACGGAACCCUCGGAAAUCAUGGCAAAAAGAUUCUCAAUAUGCACCGGCACUAGCAACUUCGCCUCACGAGGACUUUGGUCGCAUGGGCCGACUCUGCCAACAUCUGCGGGCCAGCAUGCAAUGAGGGUUCGACAACGGUUGGGUAGUCUCACAAAGUGGGUUGGUCUAGCAUCCAAGCCGGCAGUUGCAGUUGCCGAGGCGAUUGAGAGUGUGAUGAAUGAAUUCUUUGAUCAGCCAUCCGAAAUGGGGGAGCCGCCAAGGCUUAUUUGGUCUCUAAAGGUCAAAACCAGCUUCACCGAAGAGGAUGAAUGGAUCAAUUUCACCGUGAAGUACGAUGGUCAUGAUCAGAAGUGGAUUGCCGAUGCGACAGAGAUAGAAGCGGCCCUGUCCCUUUGGAUCUAUGAUAUUCAAGAAAUCGAGCGCCUCAAAGCUGAAGAUGAAGGUAUAGAGAAGACCGGUGAUUGGUUGCGGGAGGGAAAUACAGCGGUACGCCGAAAGUCAACACGAGUAUUGGGCAUCAAGGAUGGGCCCCUUGAAACCGAUCUGCGUUGGUGGUUGCAAGACACCAUCCAUCCAAGAGGCACUUAUGCCGAAGCGGAUUUAGAGGUGCCUCCGAGUACAUUGGACCCGCUUGAGUACUACCAAGUCCCGGAGGAUGACGGUCGGAUUUGUGUCGGGUUUACAGGUCUCCAUCAAAAUGGACGGACAGGUGAGCCCAGAUUUUCGACUCGUGGGGGUGAAUAUAACUUACUUGGUGUCAUCUAG